UAAGCGUUGUCGGGAGCAGACGAUGACUUGAGGCAUCGGCGGUCAGACAAAGUUCAAUGGGCGUAUCGGUCGACACAUUUACCAUUUAAUUGCCAUCGUAUUCGGAGCUACAAUAAACAUUUUGAGCCAAUUUGUCUGUGAAAAGGCAGGCGGUAUUAUCAGUCGGCAAUUGUACAAAUGUUAACACGAAAAUAACAUUAUUCCAAAGCGCUGAUAAAAGCUAGUGUUCCGAAAACCGAAACUACAAUGUCCGAGAGUCAGCAGCAGCCAGUCGUCAGUAGAACGCAGCGAGCCGUCGACUACGGCAGCACGAUCCGGACGGAGUCACACAGACAGCCCUCAUUCGUACUUGUUCAAUCCCCGCGACGCUACUCGAAAAUGUCCCACAGCACGCUGUCGUCCGGCCACGAGGCCCAGGAUCGUCUGCAGAGAUUGGAGUACUUCUUGAACGUUCUCAACCAGAUGUGCAUUGGAUUCGUUACCAUCUACAUGUCGUAUUUGACCCUGCGGACCGGUCUAGCCGGCACCGGUCUGCACGCCUGGCUGGUGACCAUUGGGUUCUCGUUUUUCAUGGCCGAGGGCGUGAUGAUCCAUUACGGUGGAAAUGUCUUGACUAACGGAUACAAGCGUCAUACGAAGACAACCAUCCAUUGGGUGCUCCUGACGCUGGGCGGAGGCUGUGGGGCAGCCGGUGCCCUCAUCAAAAUGAUACAGAAGGGGUUUUUGCUACAAUCGACCCACGGAAAACUGGGAAUGACCGCCUUUAUACUCUGCAUUCUGGCCAUGUCCUCCGGUUUGUCGGCACUGUUUUCGCAGCGUUUAAAAAGGUUGAUUACCCCAUUGCUAAACAAGACAUUCCACAAUUUCCUGGGCUUCGCUUGCUUCGUAAUCGCUCUGGUGACCCAGUUUUACGGCUACCAGACGGGCUACUUCAAGAGUCGCAGUGAAACGGAUCUUCAAAUCCUCAUGAAGUGCCUAACCCUCAUAUCGUUGGUCCUGUCGAGCUACGGCCCCAUGAAAGCGCUCUAUCAAAAAUGCGUGAAUAUAUCGCACCAGUUUUAAUUGGGAGAAUCAGACUUCAAUUUUCGAAUGUUGUACAUAUACUAAAUAAAUAGGUAUUCCAUUUAAAAUUAA